AUGGAUCCAACGGAUCAGCGAGCGCAACGGGGCCUCUUCUUGAACGAACGCAAUCCAGCUCAGACAACAGCUCGGACUGUGCCUAUAAUUCAGCCCAUUCUACAGACAUCUGCGCCAUCUCUUGGAGAUCCAAUGGAGGUGACUCCUACUACCUCGUCCAUGAUGGCUCCCCCAUCACGAACAAGCCCGGACAACGAGACAAACGGCGUACACGAUCAACAGAUGGGCAUGGGCAUGGGCAUGGGUAUGGGUGAUCAACCAAAUACUGGCAGUCUGGCAGGGCCAAACGCUGCUGCUGCUGCAGCGGCAGCUGGAGGUGGGCAACAGCCAAAAGUAGUACAGACUGCUUUUAUACAUAAGCUGUACAAGUAUGUUACAACCUGGGCCCUGUCUGCGGCUCUACUUGCUAAUGCACUAAUACUGAACAUGUAUGGAUUCCACAAGGGUUUGUAUCACCAGCUUUGGUCACAUGGAAGAGUCCUCGCUAAUACCUGGCCAGUCAGUGAUGUUUUCCACACUGGCUCUCCCGAGUCUCCUCUGUGGGAAUUCAAGCAUGGCAAUGGCAAUUUCAAGAGAGGAGACCUCGUUGGUCUGAGGGAGAUCAAGCGUCGAGCAUCUCGGCAUGCUCUUGUUCAUCGGGACUCAUAUUCGGCGCCAAAGCCGCCCAUCUCUCAACCUGGCACUCCAGCAGAGCCAAUGCACCCAAUGCAAGAUUCAACAGAGUCAAGACUGACUAAUCUUGAGCAUACUCUGUACGACAUGCAUGCUCGGCUCCAGAGGAGUGAAGACAAUUCCCAAUUUAUGCAUGUUCGGAACCAGAUCGUCAUGGACGCACUCUCUCGUUCGCUUCAGACAGAGAUCCAACGCCAGGUAGAUAUCAUUAGAUCGAUGGAGGAACCUCCUGAGCCCCCGUUUUCAGGAAGUCGACCAUACUUUUCCAAUCUCUCCCUUGAUAAUGCGCCGGUCUCUCCCAGACAAAUUCCGCAAGAUGACCCUCGCCGUGCACCAAAUCUAAGCGUACCACCCCGACAAAACUUCUACCGACCCCCAGUACCAUCACAUCUUUCCAUCACACCUCGUAGAUAUGGUUCAAUUGGUGCCAAUACUUCACAAUCCUCACCAAGCUCACUUCGGUCACAGGUCCCACCUCCGCCUCCACCACCACAUCCGCUUGCAGCUGUCCAAUCGCCCCCAACGAACCUUCCACGACGCCACACCUCAGCUGACAUACGCAACGUUCAAGGCUGGCAAGCAAAUACAUCCCCAUUUGGAUCUGGUCAGUCAUCCUCACAAUGGCCAUCAUCACCCAAGAGGAACGCAACUACUAUGAACGAGGAUCAACGCAUCCGCGAUAGUUUCAGCUCCUAUUCCCUCACCAACGCAUCAUCUCAGGGCCGAGAUACUUCCCGACCUACCACACCUCCUUUCUCAAACGGAAACACACAAGACCACUUGAAUAGCUGGUCCUGGGGUGUAGCUCGAGAUAAGACGCCCUCGGGCCUUCUGAAAGAUAAUUCUGGACCCCCUACUCGCAGAGGUAGCAUGGCCCACAUUCUAAACCCAGCAGAAACGGCUGAGAGAGACGAAGAGCAUGAAGACGACUUGCGGGAAGAAGACCGGAAGCGGAAACGGCUGCAAUAG